AUGGCGUCGAUGCAGGCAGCACAGCGAGAGGCGCUUGAGGCCAUGCUCGGCGCGACGCCCGCCGCUCGCCGUGCCCGUAGCUUCAUGCCCGACUGGAAGGUUUUGAUCUACGAUCGAAUCGGCAUGAAAAUUCUCGCCCCCCUGCUCAACGUCUCCGAGCUGCGAGACCUGGGUGUGACGCUGCACGUGUCUAUUGAAGCAUCGCGUGAGCCCAUCCAUGACGUCCCUGCUGUUUAUUUCGUGAUGCCCACGGAAGCCAACAUCAAGCGAAUCUGCCGCGACUGCAUUGAGCGCCGCUACGCGUCUUACCAGAUCAAUUUCAUCACGACGGUGCCACGACCCUUGUUGGAGGAACUAGCGUCGACCACCGCCGAGGCUGGCGUCGCCGCAGACGUUCAUCGAGUGUAUGACAUGUACUCCAAUUUUGUCGCCCUGGAAGAUGAAUUCUUUUCCCUGUGCCCCAGUGAACCAGAUGCGCUCUCCUAUGGCUCUCUCAACGCUGAGGGCGCAAGUGAGCACCAGCUCAUGUCAGCUAUGAACGAGAUGGUGGACGGCUUGUUCUCCGUUUUCGUCACCUUGGGUGUUGUGCCCAUUAUCCGGUGUUCACCAAAAAAUGCGGCCUUUCAGAUUGCGGACCGCCUCAACAGCAAGUUUCGUGAUCAGCUCAAGAACAGCCGAAGCACCAUGUUUCAGGACCGCAUGUCCGCCACUGGCAGUUUCCAACGCCCCGUGCUGGUGCUCUUGGAUCGCCAGCUGGAUAUGGCAACAGUGCUCCACCACACCUGGACCUAUCAAGCCCUGGUUCACGACAUUUUGGGCCUUGAGUCGAAUAAGGUGACAAUCAUGGAAAAGGCCAAGCAGGAAGGGCAGUCUCCCAAGCGUCGCGAUAUUGUAUUGGACAAGGAUGACCGCUUUUGGCAACGCUACAAGGGCGAGCCCUUCCCCGUGGUGGCCUCGGCCAUUGAAGAAGAACUUCAGGAAUGCACGCGAAAGGAAAAGGAGAUCAAAAACCUGGGCUCUGCCGCUAGCACGGGUGCUGAAGCCGAGGCUGAUUCGGGUGAUCAAACCAGCAAGAUUACGGCUGCCGUCAACUCACUGCCAGAGCUGCUCAAGCAGCGCUCGAUGCUGAAUUCACACAUGUCCCUGUUGACAAGCAUCAUGGACAACCUCAGUUCACGCAAGCUGGACGAGUACUUUCAGACGGAAGAAGAAGUCAUGAACAAGAAGACUGUGAGCAUUCCCGUCCUGGACAUGCUCAAGAACCCAGAGGCUGGCACGCUUGAAGAUCGGCUACGUCUGUAUAUCAUCUACUUGUUGGACGGCGAUGCAUCGGAGAAGGAACGUGAGGCGUGUGAGGCUGUGCUGGCUGAACAAGGCUGUGAUCUGUCGUCGCUCAAGUUUUUGAACCAGCUCAAGGAACUGCUGCACAUGCAGCACCAGCCCACUGUCUUGGCCAGCCACAGUUCUGGUGGGCUCUUUUCCUUCAGCAAAACGCUGAGCCAAGGUGCCAGCUUUUUGCAGGGCGUCAAGUCCUUGAUGCCCACGUCAGGUGACCUUCCCUUGACUCGCAUCGUGGACGCGCUGAUGGAAAACAGGACCUCAGAACUUGUGGCGGAUUACCCCUACUUUGAUCCCAAGCGAGGAACAACCGAGCUGCCACGCCACCGCGCUCCAUUUGACCAAGCCCUGGUCUUUGUGGUGGGAGGGGGCAACUACACCGAGUUUCAGAACCUGCAAGAUUAUUGCAAACGCCAUAAGGAGCGGAAUAUCAUCUACGGCGUUUCGCAGCUCGUUCGACCGACCGAGCAUUUGGACCAAUUGUCUCAGUUGGGUAAAAACAUGGGUGGCGGUGCCUCCUCUGCCUAA